AGCUGACAGCAUGCAAUCAUUUUGAGAAGUGACAUUCUCAGAAAUAAAGACCUCUUUGGAUCCUCACUGCCCUGCAGAACCCUUUGAGAAGCAACAAUGGAUGAAAUCUUCACCUGUAUCCUGCUCCUGCUGAGCUUGUCUGGAACUUUUACAAAGUAUGUUUACGUGAAGGAGGAAAAGAAUUGGCCUGAUGCUCAGAAGUACUGUCGGCAGACCUACACAGACCUGGCUCCUGUCAGUAACCAGAAUGAUCUCGACAAACUUCAGCAGCUCUCUGGCAAUGUCGACAACCGUAUGUGGAUAGGACUGGAAAGAAAUUCCUCAAACAGAACGCAAUGGUUGUGGUCAGGAGGUGGAGCAGUGUCCUGGUUUUUGUGGGAACAAGGUGAACCUAACGGCCUUAACCGUAACGAAGAUUAUGGCGGUAUACGGAAUGAGAGAUGGCAUGAUUUCUGGAAAGGGCAUUUAUGUAGCUUCUUUUGCUACAGUGCAUUUGUGGUGAGGGAGAACAGGACUUGGGAGGAAGCGUUGGAGUACUGCAGGGAGCAGCAUGAUGACCUGGCCAGUGUGGCAUCAGAGACUGAGAUACUGCUGAUGCAGACAGAGCUGAAGAAAUAUAACACCACUGAACACGUCUGGAUUGGUCUGCGUUUCUUAUCUGGGGACUGGCUGUGGGUGGACGGGCAGGAACUGGACUAUGAGCUUUGGGGUCAAGGGGGAAAACCAUCAUGUCCAGAUGCCAAGAUGAAGUGCGGAGCCUUACAGGUGACAGGAGGGAGUCUGGGAGUUUGGGAGGCUCGUGACUGUGAAAAGAGACUAAAUUUUAUUUGUUACUGAGCUGUUUGAAUGACGUGUGUGAAUAUUUAAAAGUCUUUUGUAAAGAUUUGUCAACACAUCCAGUGUUUAACAAAUCUGUCAAUCACCUGUCAUAAAAACAAGAAAACAAAUAUUUUAGAAAU